AUGCAUGCAAGGAGGAUCUUGGAGACCAGCCACCCACUGGCCUCUUCGGGAACAGCCAGCCAACGCCCACCCUGGGGGUUGAACCGGAGGCCGGGGCUGGAGACCUGUGUAUUCUGGAGGCUGCUCUUGCAAGAAAGAACCAGAAACCUGCUGCACACGCGGGAGGGCGGGCAGCGCGCCGGGCCUGGCCGGGUCCGCGGGCUGCGCUGGGUGCGCGGCGCAGGGACAGCCUCCCCGGGGCGCGCGCAGCAGAGAGGACCUCGCAGCCCAGGCGACCCCGCAGCCGAGGUGCCGCAGGAUCUGACGUCCCCGGAGCUGAGCUGGGCUCCCCCGAGACCCCUCUGCAGGAGCUGUCUGGCCGUGGCCCUGGGUCUGUGGCUGGGAGGGACGCCGUCCGCCUGCAGGGAUGUGGCUGACUCGAGGCCCAACAUCCUACUGAUGAUGGCGGAUGACCUUGGCAUUGGAGACCUCGGCUGCUAUGGCAACAAGACCCUAAGGACUCCAAACAUCGACCGGCUUGCAGAAGACGGGGUGGUCCUGACCCAGCACAUCGCCGCGGCGUCCGUGUGCACCCCGAGCAGGGCUGCUUUCCUGACGGGCAGAUACCCCAUUCGCUCAGGCAUGGUUUCCAGCAAUGCUUUCCGUGUUCUCCAGUGGACAGCAGCAGCCGGGGGCCUGCCCACCAAUGAGAUAACUUUUGCAAAAAUAUUGAGAGACCAAGGCUACGCCACUGGACUAAUAGGAAAAUGGCACCUGGGGCUGAACUGUGAGUCUCCCCGCGAUCACUGCCACCACCCGCAGGCCCACGGGUUCGACAGCUUCCUGGGGAUGCCCUUCUCCAUGAUGGCCGACUGCGCGCGCUGGGAGCUGUCGGAGAAGCGCGCGGGCCUGGAGCGCAGCCUGGGCCUCUGGGUCCAGGUCCUGGCCGUGGGCUCGCUCACGCUGGCGGCGGCCCGCCUCACCCGGCUCACCAGCUCCUGGCUGCCCGCCCUCGGGGCCGCCCUGGCGGCUGCUGUCCUGCUCACGGCCGCGCGCUUCGUGGGCCACCUGAUCCUGCACGCGGACUGCUUCCUGAUGAGGAACCACACUGUCACCCAGCAGCCCCUGGACUUGGACAGGGCCACGCCCCUCCUGCUGCACGAAGUCUCCUCCUUCCUGCAAAGGAAUAAGCACGGGCCUUUCCUCCUCUUCGUCUCCUUUCUGCACGUCCAUGUUCCUCUGGUCACCACCAAAGGCUUCCUAGGGAGGAGUCGUCACGGGUUAUACGGGGACAACGUGGAGGAGAUGGAUUGGAUGGUGGGACACAUCCUUGACACGUUAGACCAGGAAGGUCUGGCCGAUCGGACCCUCGUCCACUUCACCUCGGACCACGGGGGAUGCUUGGAGUCUCGCCUGGGAACCAACCAAUAUGGAGGCUGGAAUGGAGUCUACAAGGGAGGCAAAGGCAUGGGCGGCUGGGAAGGGGGCAUCCGUGUCCCCGGGAUCUUCCGGUGGCCCGGGGUGCUACCUGCCGGUCGAGUGAUCCAGGAGCCCACCAGCCUGAUGGACGUGUUCCCCACCGUGGUCCAGCUGGGGGGCGGCCAGGUGCCCCAGGACAGAGUGAUUGACGGCCGGGACCUGCUGCCCUUGCUCCUGGGGACCGCUCAGCACUCGGACCACGAGUUCCUGCUCCAUUACUGCCAGAGGUUUCUGCACGCAGCCCGGUGGCAACAACGGGACCAGGACCGAGCAACCCUGUGGAAGGUGCACUUUAUGACGCCCAUCUUCCAGCCAGAGGGUGCUGGAGCCUGCUACGGGAAAGUGGUCUGCCCCUGCAUCGGGGAAGGAGUGGUCCAGCACGACCCGCCUUUGCUCUUUGACCUCUCCAGAGACCCCUCUGAGUCUCACGUCCUCACGCCCGACUCCGAGCCCCGGUUCCACCAAGUGGUGGGCAGAGUCCGGCAGGCCGUGGAGGAGCAUCAGCGGUCACUGGGCACUGUUCGCCAGCAGCUGGGCACCCUGAACAACCUGUGGCGGCCGUGGCUGCAGCCCUGCUGCGGCCCCUUCCCCCUGUGCUGGUGCGACACAGAGGACCAAGGGCAGUGA